AUGUCGGAACCGCCGCGUGCGAAGCAAAAAGCCGCGCAGAAGAUUGAUGUGCCCGUCGGACUGAGUGCGGACGAGUCGCUUCACGCGCUUCGGGAGUGGAUGGCCGCGAACAAGAUUCCGGUGAGUGUGGACGCAUCCGCGGGAGAGACGGUUGAGGCUGUUUCAGCGACGCUGUUGAAGACAAGCAAAGCGAUGCGCGCGAUGAAAAAAAAUGGUGACGAUUUGAAGCGCGAGUUGGAAGAGUUCAUGGCACGCAAGGUCGCACACGACGAGGCGGAGAUUGAUGAUCGGCGCGUUAUGGUCGAUCUUGAAAAACAAAUCGCGAGUAAUGCGCAAAUCAUCAGCGAGAACGAAGAACUCAAACAGAAGAUUAACGCGCUCGAAGAGGAUUUUUCGCGAAGAGGCGAAGACGAGCAAGCGCUUGUUUCGAGGUUGGCCGAGCUCGAGGGUGAACUUGGAGAUGCUCGCGGUGUUUCGGAAGAGCACAUGAGCGCACAGGCGCGCAUCGAUGAGCUCACGGCAGAGCUCGAGUCGUUGCGCGAUACGAGUGCGUGUCCUCCAGGUGUAGCGUCUGCCGCUGACAUGUCGCGUAGUCUCGCGGAAGCCGAAAAGACCAAGAGCUCUCUGCGCGAAGAUUACGACCUUUUACGAGACGAGUACGACAAAUUAGUUCGAUCCGUUACGACAAAGGAGGCCUACGACAAACAGAGCGAAGAAUUGCUCUUGGCGCAGGAAGAAAUCGAGAAGUUGUCGGAGGAACUCGCGGCGGCGACGAAGCAGGUAGAAUCUCUUCAAGGGAAGGUUGAAUCGAGCAAAGAGGCUGUCGAUGAGUUGGGCAAGUGUCAGUCAAAACUGCGCACCAUGAAGGAGCAACAUGAGAAAGUGCAAGCUGAUUUGGACGCUUUGCUCACUCAGUACAACGAGAAAGUACUUGCACUCGCGGCGACAGAAGCUUCGACUGAAAACGAAUGUGAUUGCACGGAUACGUGCUUGGCGCAGAGCGCAAAGCUUCGCAGUAAUCUGCAAAAACAAGCCGAUGCUCUUCGUCAACGCACGUUCGACGCUGAAGUCAAGCUCGACGAGCAAAAAGAUCGAUGCGACGAAAUCGAUCGACAGCACGGCGAGACCAAGAGACUUUUACGUGAGCAGACAGAGUUGACCGAAGCAACCAAAGAGACGUUGGACGAGGAACGCCAGCUCCGAGAAAAGAAAUGUCCGAAACCUAUAGAGUGCCCUGAACCGGAGACGUGUCCAAAGUGUGAAGAAAGCGCGAGCACCGCCGCACCGAGUGAAGAAGAUUCGCUUCAACACGAGAAGGCUAUGAACGUCGAGUCGACCGAACAGACGUCGUCAGACGCCGAGUCAACAGCAGUUGUCGAAGAUCCUACCACGGACGAAGUAGAAGUCGAUACAAAGGUCGAUGAUACGCCCGUCAUGGACACGACAACAGACGAGAGCGUCUUCGAUACAUCAAAUGACGAAGAACAAGUCACUGAGGAGCUGGGCGAACAGCCACAAAUCGAAGAGCCAGUGACCGUCGAAGAAACGAAAGAAGUCGCGGAUGACGAAAUAUCAGUUCCCGAAGGUUCUAUGGACGAAACCGCCGCCACGGACUCGUCCAUCGAUGAGCAAAUGAUUGAUACAGGAUUGAUACAGGAUUUGGACUGGAAUGAGGAAGACGCGAAAAUUACACACGAGCAAGAGUCUAAGUCGUCUCAGUUUUACGAUACACGGGGUAAUCCGUCUGGAUUCGACAUGAUAAGAUCGAGCUUUGGUCGAGCUUGGACGUUUGUCUCUCCCUUUGUCAUGUUCAUCAUCAAUUUCGUGACUCGUGUCAUGGAAGGCAUUCUUCAUCAAGCGUGGAAAACCAAGCACGGAAACAAGUUGCUUUCGUUCAUGGAGCUGUGUGACGAGACGUUCACGUCGGUUGCAGUGAAGGUAGACUCCAUCAUGGGUACCGCUCUCGCUUCCAACAAAGAUUUGAUCACUUUCGGCGUCAACGCAACGAUUUUCGGGCCGCCCAUCGUGUUGACGCUUAUUUUGAUGCGCGUCGUGAGCGUACUUCUGGGUGGCGGCGCAAAGAAUUCGGGAACACAAGGCAAAUGGAAGGGUCCACCACCGCGCUCUGCGGCUCCUUUGUCACACCCAAACCAACCCGACUCGCCGCGACGCCGAGAUGUCCCACCGUUGCAGCACGCGGAUGCCGCGACGCAUUACAACACGGGCAACGCGUUGGCGCCGCCAGUCAUGAUGGCGCCGCCGAUGGGCGCGGGGCCGACCGGGAUCCCCUCCCCGGUCGAGUCGCCCCGAGCUAACGGUGUGUCACAGUACGCGCCUACCUUCGGUAAUCCAUACGCUUCGAUGAGUAAUCCGCCGCCGCACAUGGCUGACCUCCCUACGCAAGUGCCGCACGCGGGUGAACCGUUUGGAACGCACCAGUCUGGCGUGACGAAUGGUAUUCCGCGAUCGAUGAGUUUGACGGAUCAUGGCGGCCAGUCCAUGGAAGAGAUGGCGAAUGAUACUCCUGAUAGUGAAGCUGCCGCGACAAAUGCACCGUUCGUCAUGAUGGGAAAUCCAGCGACGAACAAGCCCAUCGUUCCGCAAUGGCAACGGGCGCCUCCGGCAGCCGCGCCGCCUCAACUUUCGGCGCCACCAAGCGCACCACCGAUGUCAAAUGCACUCGCGCCGAACAUGAGCGGUGGACGCGGACGAGGCCCUCCGCCUGGUAGAGGAUAUCCAGGUCGAGGACCGCCGCCCGGCCGAGGAAGAGGCCGAGGACCACCAGGCCGAGGCCCGCCGCCAGGAAGCCGAGGCCCGCCUCCUCCGUUCGCGCCGCGGCCUCCACAAGACUCGCACGAGGUUUAG